AUGGAGUCUUUUCAAGGACCUAGUCAGGGUAACAGUGCAAACUUGUUACAAGUCCCCCCUGUAAAUGAUUUCUCUUCAGAGGACGAAGAUUUUAAACCUACCAUUAAGCACCGUUUCUCUCCGCGUCCCCGACGGCGGAGUUCUGUUUCUUCAGAGGAAGAUGAGGCAGACACCCCAACCACCACCAGAAGAAAAGUUUCAUUUGCUGAUGCAUUUGGGUUUGAUCUUGUGUCUGUUAAAGAGUUUGAUAUGUGGGAUAUUCCAAACACAGGACACAAUAAUGACACUGAUAAUGACGUUUUCCCUCAGGAGGAAUUUUAUUUCUCUCAACUGUUUACGUUACCUGCUUCACAGGAAGAACUUUUACAUAAAGUGCGAGAGCAGAAAGUAUUGUUGGAAUCUGUCCUGUUCCUGCCUGGGAUUACCUGUAUGAACGGCAUUAUUCGAGUCCUCAAUGUAUCCUUUGAAAAAAGGGUGUAUGUUCGAAUGACGCUGAAUAACUGGCUCAGUUUUUGUGAUAUCCUCGCAGAGUUCAUGCCUAAUUCUUGUGGUAGUGAAACCGAUCAGUUCUGCUUUAGGAUUUCUCUGAUGCCUCCUUACCAGAAAGAUGGAGCUAAGGUGGAGUUCUGUAUACGCUAUGAAACAUCGGUUGGUACCUUCUGGGCAAACAACAAUGACGAAAACUACACACUGAUUUGUCGCAAGAAAGAAACUGCACCCAAGGUGGAUAAUAAACAACAGAAAGAGGUUACUGAUAGACAUCUUAAAGGCUGCUUAAAGACAACACAAAGCAGCAAAGAAGAAAUAUUGGCAACGUGUGACAAUGACAUGUGGAAUAAUUCAGGGACUUCAGACAUAAAUAUCCCGGAGAUCACGUAUUCACAAGCAGAAGAUAAAGACACCAAACUACCUAAUGAAAAUACAAAAGAUAAAAAUGCAGAAUAUAACCAGGAUGAUCAUGUAGAUGAUGAAAAAGAAUUAGAAUUACUGCUAAAUCAGCAUUUCACAGGAGCUAGAGCUACCUCUUCCAGAGAUGAAAGGAAUUUAUACACAACAGAAUCAGUUAAUUUUCCAAGUGAAAUGGAAAGAUUGGAGAAAAAGCUAACCUGUAUAGAAAGAAGCAGUGACUUGCUAAGGCACCCUGUGCCUAUCAGUUCCUCAUCUGAAAACACUUCACAAGAGACAGGAGAAGAAUUAAAAGCUAAAGUUAAGUAUUCCCUAGGAGAUUAUAAUAGUCAGCCAUCAGGGAAGGAAGUCACUGCUGGCUUGGUAAACAGCAGUGAGUGGUCUUUGGAACGUACUAGUGCCAGUAAAAGCCUUUUAUCAGCAAAAUAUGUUCCUGGGACAAAGCAGAAUGAGGCUGUUGAUACUGUGGCUACUGUCUCAAGCCAACAAGAAGAGAGCCAUGCAGAUAUUUCAAAAGGUGAAACAGACGGUGCCUCAGGAAGUAAGAUGAUGGAGAGGUUAUUCAUCAGUGAGGAUGCUACUGAUAGCUCAAAAGAGGCCUGUGGAACGAGACCAAAAACCAUUUCUCCAGAGCAUGAUGAAUCCAUGCAAUUAAAUGCAUGCAUAGCAGGGACGCUGGAUGACAAUGCUAAUCCAGCUCCAGAGCCACAAAUGUCUCACCAAACUCAGGAUUCAUUGUUGUCAGAUGCUGACAAAAAUGAAGGAAAAAUCAAGAUGAUUGAAAGCAAAGUUCAGGUACAUUUAAGAGGAGAUUUAUAUGCUGACACUUUUGCACAUGGUGAUGUCUCAAUAGAUUCCACGAAAAGCCAGUAUACGCAAAAAAAAGGAGUUGGUGAAAUGUCAGGAAAAAACUAUAACACUGAUGGAGGGAAGGAAAAGAAAGUAAUUGAAGUAGCAGACUUAGCACUAAUCGGUGAGGAGGAAGCGCCCAAGCCCUUCAAGUCACACAGAAAACACAGAACCAAAGCAUCGAGUACAAGACCUCUGCCAGCAGAAGACAACAAACAGGCACCCAGGCCUGCACAGGCACAUCCCCCAGCACCCUCUCCAGAGGAUGAAAGGAGAGCUGAAGACACUUGGGAGCACAGAGGAUUCAGAAGGUUAAAAGACAGAGGAAAGUCAGACAACACAAACAAAGGAAGGCUGACAGGAAAGGAAAGCAACACGGACCCUGUGGAGCAGAAGUGGCAAGAACUGGGUAGUGAGGUUCUGUGGGGAGUGGGGGGGAACACGGGACCUCAGAUUAUGGCUUCCACAAAGGGGUUGUUUACCUGCCAGGAGGCAGAGAGUUGUGAAAAGUCUUCUGUCUCCAAGCAGGGUAUUACAGAGGAAGCAGAGGCAGGUACAGCUUAUAUAAUUAAAACAACAUCAGAAAGUGCUUCAGAAAAAAUGUCUGCCACUGAAAAAGCAGUAAUUGCUAAGCUACCUCGAGAGACUGCACUAAGUGACAGGCCCACAGAGGAAAAGGAAACAGCGUUUGAUACACAUGAAGGGAGAAAUGAUGGUUCACAUUAUGCUCUUUGUCAACUCAACACAGUGGGUGUAUUAUAUGACACUGAAUUUGAAAAGAAAUCAGUUUUAGAUAUUUAUAAUGCACACGUACAUGAAACACUGCAAGGAGAAACGAUGUCUGUAUGCAAUAGCAGGGAAAAACGUGCCAAAGCACAACCAGACAUCAGCAAUAUUCUACCUGUAGGAGAAGCUAUAAAGCUUUCUGCUACAGGAAAGAAAGAAGAUGUGCAGCAGGGUUUAUUUUCAGAAGUAUCUAAACAUCCUCUGAGUGCCCAGAAGCAUCUGUACAGUGAGGAAACAGGAGCACUCUGUAGGGAAGAAAGCCAUGUUGGUGCACUUUCAUAUUUAAGUGCUGAAGCUGAAACAAAAAUGCCACCUUCUGGUACAAAUGCUGUGACCAGUUAUCAUUGCAAAAGUUCUUUAGGGGCAUCUUCUGAGGGGUCUACUGUGACAGGAGAUACGGAGCAUCUGUAUAGACACUUUGAAUUCAGAGUUGUUGACAAGGCUGCUCCUGAGCCAGGUUAUGAUUUAAGUCUACCAAAUGAAAUGACAUGUAUUAAUAAAAACCUCUCUCCUGAAGCUGAAAAAAAGCAUGUACCUUCCACUUCAGAAAUAACAAUUUCUAGAGAUGGAAGAGGAAGGAAUACAGGUCAAUGUUUCCAUCAAGCAGGGUUUAAACAAGACAAGUCACCCAGGCCAGAGGUUUUAAUUAGUACGCCUACUGAAGAAGUUGGAGGGACAGGUGCUCAAUCUGACCAUUUAACAAUGGAAGGGAAAACACUGAAUUCGCUUGAUGACUUGCAGAAGGAAAGCCAGUACAUUUCUGAUAAUUCUAACCAGAAUAGUGAAUCCCUUAAGUUACCUACUGAGUCUCCAGGUUUAAAACAUAUUGCUUUUAAAAUCUUUUAUUUCUUCUGCUUUACUUUUUUUGCUGCAACACUCUAUCACUAUGAUUUGAUGGUUUGUCUUGCACUCUACCUGUUCUCCUUGUAUUGGCUGUACCGUGAAGGAAGAAGAAACCAGGAGUCUAUCAAGAAGGAAUAG